CUCCUCUGCCAGGCAGCCGAGACCUCCAAGGGCGAAAAGGCUGGCAAGAAGUGGUGGCCGAGCCGCGAGCAGAAACACCCUAAGAGGAACAGCAAGGCAUGCAACCUGACUGGCUGGGGGGGGAAUGAACUGGGCUCCAGGAUGCAUGUGACCACAGUCGAUGGUGAGGGCAACUUCUCUGGUGAGUACCACACCGCUGUGUCAAGUGCGAAGAAACCCAUCCAGCCGUCCCCUCUCAUUGGCUCCCAGCACUUGGAUGAGGACGGGCAGUGCACCUUCGGCUUCACUGUCAACUGGAAGAAGUUUUCUGCUGUUUUCGUUGGCCAGUGCUUUGCUGGGGAAGGUGAGGAUGAGAUCCUGCAGACCUCCUGGCUACUGCGGGAGAAGGUUGACUCCCUGCCCAGCGACUGGAAAGCCACCAGGACUGGCCGCAACAUCUUCACUCGGAUGGACUGA